AUGUGUUUGUACCUUUCGUUCUCCCUCGUGUCGCUGCUGAUCGCCACUGAUGGAGGAGCCAUGUUCAGGGCGGAGGCCGCACACCCAACAGCCCAGGUGCAGGCAGAUUUUUCCCGCAAAGAGGCGCGGACCCUGCCGCCGCCAUACCUGCACCUCCCCGUGUUCGUGGACUCGAACCUGCCGCUGGUGCAGAAGGAGCACUUCUCCCCGGCCAGAGGCUCCAGGAAGGAGCCGCUACCCGAGGCCGUGCGGGGGCUCCUGAUCCCGGCGGCGCUGCCCGGCACCAGCCCGCCCAGCACGACCCAAGAACCGGUGAAGACCUGGUGCUGGAGGAGCAGGAUGCAUGUGCAGGUGGAGAGGAGCCUGCUGGGAACCGGGGAAUCCCAGCCGCAGCUCCGACUGGGAACGUGUCAGACCAGCAACUCUAACGAGGAAUACCUUUACUUUGAUUACGACUUCGACACGUGUGGAACCAAACGCACCGUGAUUGGCAACCAAGUGGCCUAUAUAAACACUCUACGAUAUGAUCCACCGAAGCUCGAAGGACCAAUCAGACGAGCCGUGCCCUUCAACCUGCCUGUGGCUUGUUCUUACAACAGGUACCAGUACUCCUACAAGAUUGGCUACAAACCAAAGAUGCAGAUGCGCAAGAUCUUCAAAUCCAUGAAUAACAGAGCCAAAUUCAGUCUGACUCCACGAAAUGCUCAGUGGGAAAGACUUUCUCCAUCAGACCAGUACGUGCUCGGUAAGCCCAUGUACUUCGAGGCCGAGGCCCCGUCCAUGUCCGUGGACAAGAGACUGUACGUCCACUCGUGUUACGUGACCUCCGAUAAGUCCCACACCUCCACGCUGCAGUUUCCAGUCGUGAAAAACUUUGGGUGUAUGGUCGAAAGCAAGGAGAGUCACUCGAGAUUCAUCCCGUACAAAAACAACGCUGUGAGAUUCAGCUUGGACGCCUUCUUGUUCAAGGGAAUGACGGACCAGCUCUACAUGCACUGCGACAUGUCUGUGGGCAGUUCUGUGCCCUCGCCAACAGCCAAGUCCUGCAACUAUGACCUGAAAGCCGGAAGAUGGGUUGAACUGUUUGGAUCAGAUUCAGUUUGCACCUGCUGCGACUCCAGCUGCCGCUCCACUGCGUCUCCAGAGACCAAAACAAUCAUCAGCAAACCAUGGACGAUAGAGCCUAAAGUGAAACCUACUGCUACUCCGAAGAGGAAGAGGCUUUCCACCACCGCCGCCACCACCACCACCACCACAACAACAACAACAACAAGUUCAACUACAACAGCAACAGCACCACCACAACCAGAGACGACCAGAAAGGUGACUGAACGGAGCACAAGGCCACAGCCUGAAGAGAAAGCUUCUACUCAGAUGGGUAAGGUGAAGAACAAGGUGAAGGAGUGGCCCUUCGGAGGUGGAGGAGUGACGUGGGUUGAGAUGGAAGAAUACACCAGAUCCAAUAAGUUAGUCAACAAGAACUAUACCAAACUUUGA